GUUGAGGAGAGAGAAGAGCUAGCGACGAGCAGUCGUCGCCACACCGCGGGAGGUGGAGGAGGCCCUGCCGGAGUCGAGAGGUCUCUCCUCCCCGCCGACGGCCCCUGCCCGCAGCUCCUCUGCCUCCUCUCGGUGCCGGAACUCACGGGCCUGCCCGGGGCCCCCAGUCUUUGCACUCCGCACGCCGCAGCGCCCGGCCCCGGCCGCACCCGCCGGCCCCAUGAGGAGGGACGUGAACGGAGUGACCAAGAGCAGGUUUGAGAUGUUCUCAAAUAGUGAUGAAGCUGUAAUUAAUAAAAAACUUCCCAAAGAACUCCUAUUACGGAUAUUUUCUUUUCUGGAUGUUGUAACCUUGUGUCGCUGUGCUCAGGUCUCCAGGGCCUGGAAUGUUCUGGCUCUGGAUGGCAGUAACUGGCAGCGAAUUGACCUGUUUGAUUUCCAGAGGGAUAUCGAGGGCCGGGUAGUGGAGAAUAUUUCAAAAAGGUGUGGGGGCUUUUUACGAAAGCUAAGUCUUCGUGGGUGUCUCGGAGUGGGAGACAAUGCAUUAAGGACCUUUGCACAAAACUGUAGGAACAUUGAAGUACUGAAUCUCAAUGGGUGUACAAAGACUACAGAUGCUACAUGUACUAGCCUUAGCAAGUUCUGUUCCAAACUCAGGCACCUUGACUUGGCUUCCUGUACAUCAAUAACAAACAUGUCUCUAAAAGCUCUGAGUGAGGGAUGUCCACUGUUGGAGCAAUUAAACAUUUCCUGGUGUGACCAAGUAACCAAGGAUGGUAUCCAAGCACUAGUGAGAGGCUGUGGAGGUCUUAAAGCCUUAUUCUUAAAAGGCUGCACACAGCUAGAAGAUGAAGCUCUCAAGUACAUAGGUGCACACUGUCCUGAACUGGUGACUUUGAACUUGCAGACUUGCUUACAAAUCACAGAUGAAGGUCUCAUUACUAUAUGCAGAGGGUGCCAUAAGUUACAGUCCCUCUGUGCCUCUGGCUGCUCCAACAUCACAGAUGCCAUCCUGAACGCUUUAGGUCAGAACUGCCCACGGCUUAGAAUAUUAGAAGUGGCAAGGUGUUCUCAACUAACAGAUGUAGGCUUUACCACUCUGGCCAGGAAUUGCCAUGAGCUUGAAAAGAUGGACCUGGAAGAGUGUGUUCAGAUAACAGAUAGCACAUUAAUCCAACUUUCUAUACACUGUCCUCGACUUCAAGUAUUGAGUCUGUCUCACUGUGAGCUGAUCACAGACGAUGGAAUUCGUCACCUGGGGAACGGGGCCUGCGCCCAUGACCAGCUGGAGGUGAUUGAACUGGACAACUGCCCCCUAAUUACAGAUGCAUCCCUGGAGCACUUGAAGAGCUGUCACAGCCUUGAACGGAUAGAACUCUAUGACUGCCAGCAAAUCACACGGGCUGGAAUCAAGAGACUCAGGGUCCAUGUGGAGGCGAGCCCUGCCUGUCUGGGCCAAGAACAGAGUCAAGAGAGGGAAUAAAGGCCCUGGAGUGUGCAGCACUGGCAUGUAUGUGGUCAGGCAGGAACCUUGCUCCUUUCUGAAGCAAACUUCUGGCCCACCAAGCUUGGAAGGACAUGUAUUUUUUAUGCCAAUCUAAAACCUAUGUCAGCUGAUGAAAUGUACCAGGACUUCGAGAACACAGAACAUGGUAAGUUUUGGUCAGGUGGAAGGGCCCUGCCAUCUGAACGUAGUAUUUCCUGUCUCAUCUUCAGGGACACUCUUGAAAGUCCAAUAAGGCUUUACUGAUGUAGGAGAAACUCUUCCUUAGGAAAAACUUAUUGGUCCAUUUGUCUGACUCCAGAGCCACUCCACAAUAUGCCUUCAAUAAUAAAAAAAAAUACAGAGCGAACGGAGAGAAGAGAUUUGGGAUAAGUAAGAAGGUGCCCUCAAAGUUAUUAUGCAUCUGGAUCAUCUCUUUCCUAAGCAGCCUUUUCCCCUUACAUGUUUUAGCAUCAUCAGUAUCUUUUACACCUUCAUUGGCCCCAUCAAGGUGAUGAUUCCAGCUUUUUUUUUUUUUUUUUGCAUUGACUUCUCGUAUGUCCUUUCUAUACCCAUCCUUGCCCUCUAUUUGGAAAGCUUCCAUCUCACUCCCAGCAAUGCUGCUAAUUUAUUCUCGUGUCUUCAGUUUAGCUUCCUCUUUGGAUCCUUGUCCUGAUCUGGGCAAACUAUCCUGGGCAGCCUUGAAUUCAGUAACUGUCAGGUAGCUCAGGCCAUUUUUCACUGGGUGAUCUUUGAUGUUUGCUUACUGGAUUUGAAAUCAAACUGUUAGACAUGAGGAGUAAGAGGAUCUACCCUCAUCCUUUUUCCAAUAUUUGGAAUGUGAAAGCACAUCGUGCUUCAUGUAAAAAAAUGUUUUCUCCUCCUAUUCUGCUCUUUAGUGGAUGUAAAAGUAUUUCAGAUUAAGUGGUUUUUAUAAAUUUCCACAUCCAUUAAGUUGAUUUAGCAGACAUACAAGUCAGAAAUUUUUCAUAUGCCUUAUAUCACAUUUUAGAGGGCAACCUGGUAAAUAUUUUUAUGAGGCUUUAUUUUGGGCUUUCCAAACUGUUUGAAUGGUUCAGUAUAGCUACAAUGCUAUAUAGCAGUCAAGUUCUUUUAUUUCUUCUAAUUGCCUUGUAAAAUGCAUUGUUACUGGUCUGAUAACCCACUAAUGCCAUGGGGGCGCUAAACAAAGUAUGAGUUGGAACCUGUCUUGGUUUGAAGUUGUUAGGAAGUGUGAGAGUGUCCCUGGAAAGAAGAGGUGGUUUCCUGCCUGCCUGUGGGCAGCGUAUCCUUGGUGACUGUAUUUAGAGGGGAGGAACACUUGAUCAUGGUGGACCCUUGUCCAUUUAAUGUUUAUUGAAAGUCAGAUUGCUUAUGACAGUUGCCACUAGUGAGAGAGGAAGGGUUUAAAGAAAAUUGGACUGUUCUGCUUUUUCCCUCCUUGUGUACAUGAUUUAAGGUUAGAUUUCUAUCCUUGUUGUGCAUCCUGGCUGACAGACUCUUGCAGUGGUAUGCUCUGAGCUUCCGGAACAUUUUAUACAAAGAUUGCCUUCUCUGUCUGCCCACCAGUUCUAGGAUUUUUAACCACCUCAAAUCCAGGCCAUGUGAAUUAGUCAAGUCUUGCUUGAGAAGACGUGUAGGAUGUUUCAUUGGAGGUCUUGAGGCAGAACCCUCCUGCUUACAAUGAUCUUGGACCAAAGAAUGCUAAAGUGUCAGGAGGGUGAGGGGAAUUAAUAGUCUCAGCCUCUCCUCACCUUUAUUUCUCUCAUAAAUUUUAAUUGUAAGAUUGGAAGAUACAGAGAGCUGUAUACAACCAUGUCGAUAGGGUAUAAUUAACCCAGGUAAUUUGGGAAUAAAAUUUGGCUUAUAUUUGCUAUAUCCAGAUGCCCAGACUUAACAUCUUGGGUCUCCAGCAAAGAACGUGCUGCUCUAACCUUGCCCUCUCACUUGGGACAAACUUUCUACCUACCAGAAACUACCAUUUGAGGCAAGUGAGUUUUCUGCGUGAAGGGCUUCUGCAGCACCGCCCCCGCCACCCCACCCCACCCCCGUGCCCUCCCAAGGCAAGUCUACCUAUUUUGCCCAUUUUUAUUCUUAAGAACAUCAGUUCUGCAUCUCUGAAGCCUUUGAUCCUUUGGAAAGUCAGUAAGACCUUCUCAGCUGAGUCUGAGUGAAUCUUUGGAGCCCAAGAGAGUUACCCUUAAUUUUCAGCAGAGAAAAAAAUUGUUGGACAAAAUCAUGUGUGUGUUAAGAAAAUUCCAUAAUGUGCUUCCUCCGUCUCUGCCUUCUGUGCUUGUUGAGUAACCCCUUAGUAGAGGUUGGUUCAUAGGUGUUGAGACCUAGUGCUUCCUCAGCCAGGGUAGUUCACUGCCCUUUUAGGAAAAAGAACCAUGAACAACCAAAACUAUAUCAAUUGACAUUGUUUAUUUUCUGUGUUUUUCAGUGUCUUGUUUUGAAGAAUUGGGGUGGGGAAAUGGUAGUUGACAUUCAAAGUAGAGGAGAGAAUCAGUUCUGGAACUGGGGUACUUUGCUUCAGGUACAAGCAUCUGUCCUGAAUAUAUAGAAACAGCUGAAUAUGUAGAAACAUGUGAAUAGGUUUACUUUCCUCUCCAUGUAAUGAACUCCAUGCCCUUCUUAGUGGCAAGGAGGGCUUCUACUUUCUACACACCUAACCAGUGUCAUCCAGAUGGGGACUGGCACCACUGAACACCACCAGUGCUUCCCAUCGGCUUCUGGGCAUGAUUUUCACCAGGGCAAGAGCAAGUAGGCAGUAAAUGAGAAUCCCCACCCCAGGGAGAGAUAAGAGAAGAGAGGUGUUCAGACACAUACCUGUUCUCUUCUGCCAUAUCCCCAAGAACCCAGGGAAAUCUUUGAAGUGAUUUUUUUUCUUUUUUUUAAUUAAAGUGGAUGAAGAAAGAUUUACCCCACUAAGUUUUAGCUUGUCACUGUCUCUUAUACUACUUGUUGUUAUUCAUUCAAAUCUGUACUACACUGCUGCUCACGUACAUGUAUGUGUUUCUUACCUUAGCCUAACCCUUCUCAGCCCCUGAAGUCAUUUUUCUGUUUUCUUUUUUUUAUGGCACUAGCGAAUGAGAACCUAAAGUCUUAGAAAAUCCUAACUUGAAAAGGAGUCUCUAACUGGCAUGGUUUGAUUAAUUACUUUACCUUUUCCCCCUAAAGACUUGAAUGAUUUUCUUCCCUAGUGCUAUAUAAUAGAUCUGUAAUAAGUGAAACCUUUGCUGCUACUUUUCUGGGUUUACAUCAGUUUUUUCCUUCCCUUAAAAAUAAUUUCUUAUCUGUGCUUCUCUUAUGACUGUUAAUUUCUAGUAAGUACAGGAAGAGGUGAACCUGAGAUUUCUUCUCUUACUCCCCUCCUCACGCUACCCCCAAGUUAUACACUAACCUCUAACAUAUAUAAGAUCCAUGAGAUGGGGCUCAUCAUAAGAUGCUUGUGGGUUUUUUUUCUCAUCAUGCUGCAGCUCUCAGAGCUGGCCCCUGAGGAUCUGUGACUACCCAGUCCGAAGGGUUACUACAGGCAGAGAAAGGCUUUCUUAAUUUUGCCUUUCUCCAUUCCUGUUUUAUGAUCACCCUUCAGAUGCCUCCCAUUCUGGCGGCCUCCUUUUUCCUCCCAGGAAUUGUUUCCAAGUAACCUGCCUCGGUCAUUUCCCAACUGCUCUCCUCACCUUUGCCCACCUUCCAGUGACCCUGAGAGCACAGACCUGAGAGACGGGGCCUGUGCAGAGCUCAGAGAACUGUGAGGACUACCCCUGCCUUUCAGACUCUACUUGGGGACAGAGAUGGAUGGGUAAAUGGUGCUGCGGGAGCAACUUUUAUCUUCAAACCAGGCUGUUUCGCCCUUUGCACUGCCCCGCCUCCAUCCCCACUCCCCUGAGGAAGGGGUAAAGUGCAGAGGAUGGUUGACUAGCAGGGUCUGAUCCCCAACAUUGCUGUCUGGCCUAAGCCUUGUCCAGCCAUUCGGCCUGCUCUGGAGUGAGAGCUUCAGUGUGUGGGAGCUGCUGCUUGCUUGUUUCUCCACCAGGCCUGCCCCAACACUUAGCCGGUCCCUGGGGCAACACAGUUCCCUACAUGGUGACUUAACACCAGCCUCCAUUAGCUGUCCAAGCGACUGCGUUUCCACCCAGUACUUUUGGCGCUUGAGGAUGGGGGGAGGGAGGGAGGGUUAUUUAAAAUAAAUAAAAUCCAAGGUGGCAGUAGAGGAUUCCUUUUGCUUUAAAAAUCUUUGGACUAAAAAAAUAAAAAAAUUAAAAAAAAUGUUUUUUUAUAUAUGAAUAUAUAAAGUAAAUUGUUAUGUAACUAUUAUUGUUUCCUGUAUGUUCUAAUUUUUGG